AUGCAUAAACUUUCGGGGAAACAGAAACACAGGGUGGAUGUCUAUCCUCUAUGUGACAGCUUUAAGUUUGAAAAGAUCAUCAGUGGUGAUUAUAUUGGCAGAGAAGUAGAGAAGGCUGAUUUAGGACUCACUUCAACGGAUAUUCAAGCUAAUUCGUCGAUUGGCCCCAUAAAGUCAGAUCCUUGGAGGUGGCAAUCCAGAUUCCAGACUCCAGAGCAUAAAAUCAAGUUUCUGGUGAAGCCUUUGGUUCUUCAUGGAAAAUACACAGAGCCAUGA